UUCCGGACCACACUGGACAAAGGGCCUUAUACGGAUGUCCGAUUUAAAUGAUUGGGGCACAUUGUAAAACACCCCGCUUCUUGGAUCUAUAAAUAAGCCGCGGUCGGACCCCCAAGCCCCAUUUUCUCUACGGAUCGUUCAGAACAAGAAAGAUGAAUUUCUCCCAGCACGACGAAACUGCAGCAGCAGCAAUCAAUGAACACCCAGACGAAAAUUCUGUACAAAACCAAACAGAUUCUCAAAGGGAUUACGCUGAUUUGUACAGUCACGAUUCAACUUUCCCGGGUGUUUUAACACAAUUGCUGCAAGGUUCAGACACUCUAGAACUCUACAAAAACUGGGAGGAUCCAGAACCAACCACAACUUCUCAGAGCAUCAGGGGGUAUUCUCCAGCAGCCUCUCAGAGCAGCCGAGGGCAGCCUCGAGCAUCACGGGUAUUCUCCAGCAGCCUCUCAGAGCAGCCGAGGGCAUUCUCCGGCACCCAGCCAGAGCAGCCGUGGGUCAUGCCUGAAAACGGGUCUAGCAGCAGCAAAGAACGCGACAGCAGUGACAGCAGCAACGACAGUGAAACAGACAGCUUCCGUGAACGCGACAGCAGUGACAGCAGCAACGACAGUGGAACAGACAGCUUCCGUGAACAUCCUGUAGGCAAAG